AUGCUUGCUGCCAUGAUCACAAAUUCUUGUAGUGGUAAGGAGAAUUUAGAAAUUAAUUCAUUGCUGCAAUCUACCGCUACAAAGUUACUUUUACAGUCUCUGAGUAAUUGCUAGUCUUCAGUGGCGGAUGCAGACCUUUAGAUAGGGGGGUGGGGGUGGGGGGGGGGUCCAAGUCAUCCCGACCCUGACAAAACCGGGGACCUGGUCUCAAAAAAAUUUUUUUUCCGCCCUUCGGGCCUCAGUUUGGUGUAACAAUAAGUGGCCCCUGGAUCCGCCACUGGUCUUAAAUUCAGAACUUCACGCUGUGGAUUCCGGUUUUCAGGUACUGGGUUACUGAUUUUUUUUUAGUAAAACUUGGAUUCCUAGAGGGAGGGAAAGCGUUGAAGCCUGGGACACGCAGCGCACCGUUGUGUUCCCUCGCGUGUCAAAUUCCUCGUCCAAAAGCCUGCCACGCAAGCUAUAGCAAGGUCUACAGUCUAUGAAGUCUCCUGUCAUAAUGGGAAUCUCUGAAGAAGAAUUUAAACCAGGAGUACAAUAAUGAAGUAUGUUGUGGUACCUUGAUUCUAACGAUUUCAUAAUUGCAGUAUUUUGUCCGUUUUUCUUUUUUAAGGUUUCUGGGAGAAAAUAAACUGCAGAACAACUGGCUACUGGAGUGAAGGUCAUCCAUUAAGAGAUCGAAGUCAAGUAACCAUGUUUGUUGCCUACGCUGAGAGGAGACGAUGUGGGUUUAAAGUUGGGCGGAUAACUUUUAAUACAUCGCUAGCAUGGCUUUCUUUUUUCUUUGGACUCACGGGUUUGCUGUAUCACUUCUUUUGA